AUGUCUGAACUGAUCACUGCAACAACUUCGUCAUUCAGUGCCAGAUGGAAUGGCAAAGGCAGCGGUGCUACUCAUAACGGUGGCUUUUGGCACCCAAACUCUCAGGGAGAUCUGAGACCCAUUGGCAGUGUCGGUGUCCCUCAUUAUAACGACAUCAACGGCAGUUAUAAUGACCAGAAGAGCGGCGCCAGUAAAGACGGAGCAUUCUGGCGCCCAAUCCCUCCAAAUGGAUACGUGGCAUUGGGAGACGUAGCCAUGACCGGAUUGACCCAAGCGCCCGCUACAAGCGAUGUCUGGUGUGUGCGCCAGGACCUUGUCAAGCAAGGCAGCUUUGCUUCGAACAGCAUCUGGGAUGACAAGAAGUCUGGAGCCAAGUCUGACGUAUCCAUUUGGGAGAUUCGGGGCGUAGGCCGCACGGAUCCCGACACUGAAAUUGAAAUGGCUGCAGUUUACAUUGGAGCUAUCCGCGCAAGCCAAAAUUAUAAUGCGCCGGACUCGGUCUUUGCCCAAGUCCCAGUUGUGUAA